AUGAAUUAUUUCUGUAACGAGAACUUUAAAGUAAAAUCUAGAAGCUUUGAACAGUCAAAUGAAACAUUUCACCAUUAUUUGUCAACAUCGUUCAAUAAAAAUCUUAACAAAAUACUCGUGGUUUAUGGAUUUGAGCAUUUAACAAUCAAUUGUGAUAUGAUUUUUAAUUUAUUUUGUUUGUAUGGAAAUGUAAUGAAAGUUAAAAUUUUAAAGAAUAAAAUGGUAUUAGUAGAAAUGAACACAUUAGAAGAGGCUAAUCGUUGUAUAGAUAAUUUACAUAAAACUCCAAUAGGACACACUAAGAAAAUUGAGGUCAAAUAUUCAAAGCAUUACUCAAUUUAUAAUGAGAAUAUGGCAAACAAAUUGUCUGAUGGAACAUAUGCUUAUAAAAUUUAUUCGACAAGUAAACUAAAUAGGUUUUCCAAAGUUUCCCAAAACAAUAAACGAAGACCAACAGCGCCAUCUAAAAUACUUCAUUUUUUUAACGCUCCAACAGACAUUACCGGAUUGGACGUACAUAAAACUAUAUCAAAACAUUUGGAAAACAUUAAUUCAAUAGUUUCUAUAACAAUUUUGCCUAAAAGCCAUAAAGUAAAAUGUUCAACUGGCUUAAUAGAAUUUAAAGACAUCUCAAACGCAGUAAAGGCCGUUUUAAAGUCAAACCAUUUAUUAAUAAAAUCAUCAAAGUCUAAGUAUCCAUUUCUCAUGAAGUUAUGCUUUUCCAAUUAUUAUGAUAUACAUCAAACAUAUCUUGCAUACAACAGAACUCGAAUAUUAAAAUGUCGAUCAAUGCGAUUUACACCAUGGCUAUUACAUAAUUCUGAACAAUCAAUUGCAACAACAAUAUUUUUAAUUUCUUGUAUCAAAGUUGUGAAUGAUAAUAUUCCUUGGACAUUAAGGAUGGUACAAGAAACAGAUUAUAAGCAAAAGAUAAUAAACGAGGAAGAAACACCUAAUGAUUGGAAUGGAGUUUUAGACCUGUUAAAGAAUAAAAUUGUAGAUAGUAAUAAUGUUCAUGACAAUGUUGAUGACAAAGGAGAUAAUUUUGACCAUACCGAACACAUUGACGUUAACAAAAUUGGUCCUUUAGGGGAUGAAUGAAUGUUAUAUUAUGUUUUUUUAAUGUUCUAGUUUAUACUAAAUUUGUUUAGAUUUUAAUAUUAUAAAUAAAAAUAAUAUUUUCAUAUUUUAUGAAAUAUUUAAUAAUAAAUUGUAGUGACUAAA